AUGCCUCGAACUCUUCCGUGGCUUACGGGCAGCGGUACCAGAGCCGAGGACGCAAAGAGUUCACCGCGUCGACGUGAAGUGAAGCAUGAGAAAGGUUCGGACCACGGCGCUGAGGAGACUCCAAAGGCAUACAAAUCUACGUCUCGCGGAGACAAGCGUGAUUUUUUUCGGUCAUCUCCGAGUCCUCCAACGUCUCCAAUCCAGCGAUGUCCCUCAGAAGAAUACCUGAUUGAAGGGUUCGAUAAAGACGAUAUUUACAUGAUGGUCGAAGACGAGUUCUACGCCAUGGCGCAGACGUUCACUCAGCACCUCCACUAUGCGGAAUACGUGAAACGUAAGAAGGAGGCAAAACUACAGAACGCAGCAGCAAUUAAAGACCUUGCCCGACCUACUGAUGGCACCACGCCGAAAAGCGAAGAGAUGAAGAGGAAGGAGGCGGCCGCCGUCCUCUCAGCUCGUCAAAAGGCGGGCUUGGAGAAAAUCGGGGCCAAGCGGCCGCAGCUGGACUCCGACAAGGAGGAAGACGACACAGACGAAGACGAUGCGCUUGCGGGUACCUCGCUAGGGUACCUGAUGACGAGUCCACGGAAGGCUCGCUCGCUAGUGGGCAUGCAGGGUGUUAAAUCGUCCACUAGGGCGGCUGCUGGGUUUGCCCAGGCGUCUGGGUCUAAAAGGCAGAAGACGAAUCCUGAUGCGCAUAUCCAUUCUUCACCGAAGGCUGAAGUUGAAGGAGACGAUCAUGCGGCGGAUGCAACGGCUACGGAAGAUGACGACUUAGAUGUGCAGAUCACCAAGACUUCCACAAGACCGACAGCAAAGAAACAUUCUAUUGGAUUAGAUCUCAGCUCACCAGUCUUAAGGACCGGUUCUUCGACUCCCCAGAAUACUGGCAAUGAUGAUAAAGGGAAGAGACCCGUCCGCGUUAUUCACAGAACUCCACCAUUGGGUGGAUCGAGAAAAAAAGUAUUCUUCGAUGACUUUGACGAGCUUCCAGAGCCGUCGAAUCCAAGCGUUCCGGCACAUGGCCAGCUCAAAUCUCACACAGCUAAUAAUACAAAAGAUCCGAACGAAAGUGUUGUAAAUUCGAAAAAAUCCCGUCUCAAUGAAGUCCCAACAUUCUUGUUUUGA